UAAUUUAUUAUUUAUAUCCCGCCCAUCUGACUGGGUUUCCCCAGCCACUCUGGGCGGCUUCCAACAGAAAAAUGAAAUAAAAUAAUCUAUUAAACGUUAAAAGCCUCCUUAAACUCAGUUCUGGCACCUCUCAGGCCAGAGAACAAGGGUAAGAGAACAAGGGAGGUGUUCAUGGUGAGUCCCAACAUCUCUUUUUCCAGAAAAAUACCACUGACUAUGGCUUCCAUUUUUCUGUAUGUAUGGUCUACACAAUUUCUGUUUGUCUACUACUAGACCUUGGCAUAGAAUUAACAACAAGCCAAAACAAAUGGACAUGUGAGGUGAGCCAGGAUGGCAGAGUUUUCCAAACUGUGUGUCGGCUGCAGUGUGUAGGUGUCUGGCACUAAUAAUAAUAAUAAUAAUAAUCAAUAAUCAAUAAUAACAAUUUAUUUCUACCCCGCCCAUCCGGCUGGGUUUCCCCAGCCACUCUGGGCGGCUUCCAACAAAAUAUUAAAAUACAAUAGUCCUUCAGAUAUUAAAAGCUUCCCUAAACAGGGCUGCCUUCAGAUGUCUCCUAAAAGUCUGCUAGUUGUUUUUUCCUUGACAUCUGGUGGGAGGGUGUUCCACAGGCUGGGUGCCACUACCAAGAAGGCCCUCUGCCUGGUUCCCUGUAACCUCGCUAAUCACAGUGAGGGAACCACCAGAAGGCCCUCAGAGCUGGACCUCAGUGUCUGGGUUGAACGAUGGGGGUGGAGAUGCUCCUUCAGGUAAACUGGGCUGAGACCGCUUUAAAGGUCAGCACCAACACUUUGAAUUGUGCUCCCCGCUCUCCUCCUAGGGCUGGAAAGUAGAACUGAAUUAUGCCCUGCGAAAUGAUGCAUGUCUAAAGAGUGUGCCACCAACAUAAAAAGUUUGGAAAGCUCUGCAGUGUGGUGUGAGACAAAAUCAGCCACCCCUAACCUGUGGGGAUUGCCCCUCCCCACAUGUUCCAAGCAGACUUUGAUAUUUUCUCCAGAGGCUUUUUUCUGCCUGGCCUGGGAGGCUGGCUGCUAGUAGUAAUGGCAAUGGGUUUAUGGCAUAGCCUCCCCACCAGGGGCGUAGGAAGAGGGGGGCGAUGGGAGCGCAGCGCCCCUGGUUGCGUGAUCCCGGCAGGCAGCGUGUCCUGCCCCCAGGAUGCGUGUCAGCCCCGGUGUCGGAGCAUGAAGCUCCGCCACUGCUCCCCGCAGAGUCUUGUCUAGUGCUUGCUUCAUACCAUGUUGUGUGACUUUAGAUCGCUGCACCAUGCUAAGUUCUUUUCAUUUCCCCAGGUCUUUUGCAUCCAUUUCAGAUUGUUAGAUCUGCUUCAAUCCACUUUUUCAUUCUUGGCUUUUCAAGUUUUAUUCUGCAAUUGUUACUUGCCAUAACAAAGUACAAAGUACUUUGUACUUUGUACUUGCCAUAGUUAUUUGUACUUUGUACUUUGUACUUGCCAUAGUUAUUGCAUUUUUACCUGUUUGAUUUCAUGUUGUAAGGUGUGUUAUCAGGUAGCAGGAAGCCUAUCAGUGCUGUAAAUGAGCACAGAUAAUAGGACAAAGACAAUGGAGGUGGGAUUUAAACUCAGAGGUUGAAGUCUACCAAUAUCCACUACACUGUGCUGAUUGUCUAGCUGGGAGAUUGAGAAGUUUCCGGUCAGGUGUAUGAAUCAAAAGGUUGCAAAACAAAAAACACAGAAAAAAAUGAUGAAAUGAAUGUAACAACUUAUAUCACUGUCACUACAAAAAAUUGAGGGUGGGGGUGGCAACAGCAAAGAAGGUCAUUGGAUGGAUCCAUGACAACUUAUAUCAUAUGAUCUUCAUGAUACAAUAAAGAAGCUUAAUUAACCACCUGGUUUUCCCACCAGCUGCAGCAAAUAGUACGCAACCAAUUUAAUUUGAGUCACAUAGCAAAUCCCAGACUUUGUCAACAUCUUUUUGCCAUGUCAGUCCAGUAAAAAGUCGAGACACAGUGUGUUAUCUACAGCUCUCAUUUAAUGGGCAGUUGAAAACAAGUGGGCGACACACACACAUACCGUGUGAGAGAGAAGGAGAGAGCUUUGUGCACAAUUAUUGACUGAUUCGGGAUGCGGGUGGCGCUGUGGGUUAAACCACAGAGCCUAGGGCUUGCCGAUCAGAAGGUCGGCAGUUCAAAUCCCCGCAACGGCGUGAGCUCCCAUUGUUCGGUCCCUGCUCCUGCCAACCUAGCAGUUCAAAAGCACGAAGUGCAAGUAGAUAAAUAGGUACCUCUGCAGCAGGAAGGUAAACGGCAUUUCCGUGCGCUGCUCUGGUUCGCCAGAAGCGGCUUAGUCAUGCUGGCCACAUGACCCGGAAGCUGUACGCCGGCUCCCUCGGCCAAUAACGCGAGAUGAGCGCGCAACCCCAGAGUCGUCCGUGACUGGACCUAACGGUCAGGGGUCCCUUUACUGAUUCAGACUCCAGAAUACCAGCUUCUAAGCAGCUGCAGCCUGAAAAUGUACCCUCUUUAAAGAUUUUUUAUAAUAAGGAAACAUCUGUUCAUGGGUGUAAUUCCUUUUGAACACUGUUUCUAGGUGACCGUUUUUGAACAUGGUAUUAUUUUGAAAAACACACACGGUGUCAUUUGUAUUAUUCCCAUAUGUAAAUAAAUGCCCUUGCCAAGAUCGUUGCUUUAUUUCCACGAUUUAUUAUGUUCAACCACAGCCAACUCCCACCCCCAGUUAACUCCACAUCUGCCGCACAAAACAUCUUGGGACAGAGGGAUGGUCAUCUGAGAAUUUCUGUAAUUUUGUAAAAAGAAAACAAAAAGCCACCUCUCAUCACUACGAUUAGUUUCCCUGAAGUAGGGGCAGUAAAGGUCCUUAAAGCUGGUUAUGGAUCCCCCCCCCAAGGACUACAAAUGGAGGUGCAAAACCUAUUUUAGACUGAGGGCUGGAUUCGAACCUGAAAAAAACUUCCAGCGGCUCCAUUAUAAUCAUGGGUGGAGCUAGAGGCAAAAAUGAGUGGGGUGAUUGUCUAAUGAUUUCCCCCCACCCCGGUAUUUUACCUGCAUAUUAGGGGGAAUUGUAUGUAAAAUGUACAUAGAAUCAUAAUGUGUAAGAUAUGUAAAGUCCAUUGCUAAGAAAUCACAGAAAAUGGCAGGGUAGAUUGAAAUGACUUAUAGGUGACAUCAGAUGAUGUCACAUGAUUGGCAGUUGAGUAGAGUUUACUAGAAAUGGUCUCAUGGGCCAUUUUGAGGGGUGUGGCAGCAGGCCUAAGUAGGUUCCUCACUACUGCUGCAAGGCUUGUUGACCCUGCAAUUGCGUUCCCUAUGUCAUCUUACAAACAGAAAUGUUGGCUGUGUGUGUCAAUACAUUUCUUCAUUUUCCGCUUGAGAUAUCUAAAAUUGCUUGGGUGGACCUAGAAUUUAUGUCCCUGACUAUAUAUGUUUUCAUUGUAUCAAACCCCCCCAAAUAUUAUUCUCAUUUACUAAUUUAUAUACCACUUGUAUACCAAAAUGGCUUUCCUACAUUAAUACUUUCCACAAGCCACUGACCUUUCUGUGAUUUUUUGGGGGGGGUACCACCGAAUGAUGGCAAGAUUCUAGGGGGUUCUAGAAUUCUCCUGUGGAGAAUUGAAGACAUGGCGGAGACUGUUGUAGCUUUAAGAAAUAUGGCUUAUUCACCUGUUUACAACUUCAGUCCUCAUGGCAGGAGUCCAGAUCUUACAGCAUGGUCAUCUCAAGCAGGACUGGUUCCCCAUAGCAGUGCAGCCCUGGAGUCCAAGGCAUCUCUCCAAGUCAGCCAGCCUUCAGCCAGCCUGCCCAAUAUGGAUCUCUCCCCUUCUUCUCCCCAGCACACCUUGCCAAAGACUCCUUGUUCCUGCCAACUUGGCAACCUCUGUCUGCCCAGACCCAAGAUUCCUAUCAGAUGGGCCAUCAACACCUUUUGUCAUGUUGAUGCCUUUAUCCCAGGUGAAGCUCUGGCUUGGAAAGGAACCUUAGCCUAUAUUUAUCCACUGGCCUGCAAUCUUCCCUUCAAUACUCCAAAUAACUGUGUUUAGUCGUUUAGUCAUGUCCGACUCUUCAUGACCCCAUGGACCAGAGCACGCCAGACACUCCUGUCUUCCACUGCCUCCCGCAGUUUGGUCAAACUCAUGUUUGUAGAUUCAAGAACACUGUCCAGCCAUCUCGUCCUCUGUCGUCCCCUUCUCCUUGUGCCCUCCAUCUUUCCCAACAUCAGGGUCUUUUCCAGGGAGUCUUCUCUUCUCAUGAGGUGGCCAAAGUAUUGGAGCCUCAGCUUCAGGAUCUGUCCUUCCAGUGAGCACUCGGGGCUGAUUUGCUUCAGAAUGGAUAGGUUUGAUCUCCUUGCAGUCCAUGGGACUCUCAAGAGUCUCCUCCAGCACCAAAAUUCAAAAGCAUCAAUUGCAAAUAACUACUAUUUAUUAAUUUCUAGGGUUUGGGGGAGUCGCCCACCCCCCAGACUCACAACAAUAUAAAGCAAGGCAUUUGUCUUAAUAGACUUUGGCUUCUGUCGGUGGGUUGAGAUACUAAAACUGGGUUAAAAGCCAAACUAAUGUGCGUCAAACCAGGGGCACAACCACAAUUUUAUUUUUUUUGUUUUAAUUACAUCCUUUUAAGGUGAAUGGGAGAAGGUAGAAGUGGAAAGAUUGCGGGGUGGAGAGAGCUAAAGGCAAAGGGACAACAAAGUGAGGCACAGACAUGUAUUAAAACAGCAAAAACAGAUCCAUGUGACAGGUUGUGGUCAUAGGUUGUGGUGGGCAUGAACACUGUAGAUCCAUCCUGCUGUUAUCUUUUAUUGGAAGCCGGCUAGUUCUUCUCUUAUAAGAUCCCGUGGUUCAGCUCAGUCUUCCUAUUUAUCUAAUAGAAAUUGACUAGAGACUUUAAAAUUUGCACGUAGGAUGCUGGAGUGGUGGUUGUUUUGCAACCAUUUUAAAAUAUUGGGAUUAUUAUGCUUUGCUUCCACAACUGAUCAAUAUAUAUGUGAAAUAAUUUGGCUAAAAUGGGAGCCCACCAGGGUAAACUAGAUUUGUGCUCUUCUUGCAGAAGCAUAUCUAAACCUAUACAUGUCAAGAUUAUUAUUUUUCCAGUUAAGGGAAACGGCUGGCAAUUUUCCAAAGCAAAAGGAUAUUUUAAUAAAAUAUUCUGCCUUGCUGCAUAUUAAAAAUAUCAUUGAAAUUCUGUUCUCAUGGGAAGGUUGGGUGGAAAAUAUUAUCUCAUGCAUAGUAUAUGCAGCCCCACCCCACAAAUCAAUUUAUUUUCCUCAACGACAAGCCCAAAUCAGCACAUUUUGAAAUAACCUUCUGUUGUCUUAAGGAGGUUCUUAUAAAUCCCGCCCCAUCCCCUGCGCAAGCAGUCGUGAAAAGCUUUUGAAGUUUUGCUGGCUCUCAGUCAUCUAACACUGGGGUCCUCAAACGGUUGACCUCUGCAUCUCCCUUGAGAGAGCUGGAAAUCACGGAGGCCCCCCAGUCACAACAUGGCUGCGCAGAGGCAAAGGCAAAAUGAUAACUGAGGACGUCCCUAAUUUUCAUUGGAGAAAUGUUGAAGGGUAUGGAUCUGAACACCGAAAUGUCAGAAGGCAAUCCUGCAGAACGAAGUCUUUAAACAAAAUCUCAUUUUGGUUUUCCUUCAAGUUCAAAACUCUGUAGUGAGUAGACGAUGCGGAAAGUGCCUACCUGCAUACUGAAAUUAAUCAAGUUGGCUUCAAAGUACAAACUCUGGGCGGUGUGCAUCAUCAUCUUUAAGUUCAUGUCCUUCAUCUCUAUCAUGUUCUACUGGAGAAUCGCCCAGGAUGCCCAAGACAAGAGACAGCACUACAGUUUGCCUACAGAGGUUAAGUGUCCUCCUCUUCUCACUCCUUCAUCCAGAUGGCCUCCUUCAUCACACAAAGACAUAUAUUUUGUAGAAACUUCGGAACGAACUAAUCCAAACUUCCUGUUUAUGUGUUCUGUUGAAUCAGCAGCCAGGGUUCACCCUGAGUCCAGAAUCAUUGUUCUUAUGAAGGGUUUAUCAAGCUACAAUAAGACUUUGCCCAAACAUGUGGCCUUCUCCUUGCUUAGCUGUUUCCCCAACAUUGAAUUCAAACAUCUGGACUUGAUUGACCUUUUCUCUAACACCCCCCUCGCUGACUGGUAUUCACUGGCUCAGAAGAGGUGGGAACCUUAUUUCUUGCCCAUCCUUUCCGAUGCAUGCCGAAUCUCCAUCAUGUGGAAACUUGGUGGCAUCUAUUUAGACACAGACUUCAUAGUCCUCAAGAACUUAAAUAACCUCACCAAUGUGCUUGGUAUGCAGUCCAAAUAUGUACUUAAUGGUGCCUUUCUCUCGUUUGAACCCAAACACAAGUUUAUAGAGCUUUGCAUGCGGGACUUUGUGGUGGACUACAACCGCUGGAUCUGGGGGCACCAGGGCCCACAGCUCUUUACACGCAUUUUUAAGAGGUGGUGCUCUAUCCGUAGCCUCCGAAGCAGCAAAAGCUGUAAGGGUGUUACUGUUGUCCCACAAGAUGCCUUUUAUCCCAUUCGCUGGCAGGAUUGGAGGAAGUAUUUUGAAGCAAUUAAUGCUUCAGAACUUCCCACACUGUUUAGAAACACUUAUGCAGUGCAUGUCUGGAAUAAGAAAAGUCAAGGGGCACAACUUGCGAUCACCUCUAAAACCUUACUAGCUCAGCUGCAAUCCCACUUUUGCCCUUCCACAUCCAGGCUCAUGAAGGUCUCAUUCUGAAGGGGCAGGGCCUAGCAGCAGCCUGCUGUUGAUACAAACGCAAAUCAGCCAAGCUGUUCAGCCCAUAGUUGCCAAGUCUCCCGCUGAAAAAUGCGGGAUCAGCAGUGGCGCGGCACCGGAAGUUGCAUAGAAGCAAUUUUCGGGGCCGCUCUGGCCAUGUGGCCAUGCCACCAAGAUGGCCGCCUGGGCAUGCGUAGAAGCGACUUCCUGUGCAUGUCCGGACUUCCGGUGCCGCACUACCCAGGACCCAAAAUGGAGCCUCCCUGGCAGAUAGGAAAUCCGGGGGAUUUCCGGGAUAUUUUUCAAUCCGGGCUGCCAGCGGGAAAAGGCUUUAAAAACAGGUUGUUGUUUUUUCUCCUGGAGCCGUCGACUGCUUCCCAGGAAUGACUGCUUCAGCCGUGUUCAAGGUAAGGUUACCUCCUACCUGGCCCAUCCCCCCGGCAACGCCUCCCCGAGCUGGAUUGGACAGGUAACUGCAUGGGCGGAGAUCACCAGUAUCCAGUCUGGGAAGGCAGUGCCGGCCUCCAAACUUCCAGGGCUGCCCCAGGGAUCCCAGGGGGCUGCGCGCGACUGCGCAAAAUGCACCUCCCCUUUUAUGUGGGGAACGGUCAUUCUGACCAUAAAACAAACAUCCAUAUUUUCUAAAAAGAAGGGCUAGGUGCCGCAGGAUAUGACCCUGAAACCCAGGGCCGUCUUAAGCAUAUCCGGUGCUGUGGUGCAAAGAUCCCUCUGCCACCCCCCCUUUCCUAGAGUUGUCAACCUUUCUUAAGGGGGGGGGACCCCAAAGUUGUUGACCUUUUUUUAGGAAAGGUUUCCCAGGGUUCUUGACCUAUUUUUUUAGGGAGCUGACACCACACUUACACAUUAUCUCUAACAAGCCCUUAGAACAAAUGAAAAUAAAAUGAAAUAAAAUGAAAAGGCAGAAGAAGAAAAUCUAAUGAAGUCCACAAUUUCAAAGCAAGACUCAUUCAAGACUCAGCAGUUCUUCUAACUCAUCCUCAUGAUUCAGAUCACCACAUAUCAAAAAGUUAAAGCAAUCACCAGGUUGUUAUUCUUUAAAUAAAUUAAUAAAGACACAGAGAAUGAAGUUCCCGGCCAAUUUGUGUUUAAGUACAAAGCUGACGUUUUCAAAUAUUGUGGGGGGUGGGGGUGGGGUGGGUGUAAAGCAGUGACAUCCUGAACCUACAAAGGACCCAAAACGUGGGUCACAAAGGCUGCAGCCCUAACUGCACUUACCCGAGAGUAAGCCCUGCUGAAUCUUACUUCUGAGUAGACCAGUAGGACUGCAUCAAGAAACACAGUUGGGAAUUAGGGCUUGCUGUUUUAUCGUCUCAGCCAGAGGAAAAUGUAAUAUUGGAGAUUAGGGAGAAAGGAAUAUGAAUAGACUGGGGGGAGGGGGCUGACGAGAGACCAAAAACCACAGGUAGGAAGACAAGGCACACUUUCUGGGGAGCAAGUCUCACACACAGUUGCUUGGGGCAAGGACCGCAGAGGGACCAUAGUUGGGUUGUGCAUGCGUUUUUCUUCUUCAGAAAAACGUAGAAUUGGAAGGGACCCUGUGGGUCAUCUAGCCCAACCCUCUGCAGUGCUUUUUAGCUUGCAUUGAUCUCAAAAACCUUCAGUGCCUUUUUUUUUUUAGUUGGAUAGGCAAUUAACAGGCUUGUUUCACAGAUGUGGGAGAAGGAGAGAUGCUGGCUUGGUUUGGUUUGCCUUUGUUCUAGUUUUUAAAGGUAAAUGUAAAGGGACCCCUGACCAUUAGGUCCAGUCGUGACCGACUCUGGGGUUGCGCGCUCAUCUCGCAUUAUUGGCCGAGGGAGCCGGCGUAUAGCUUCCAAGUCAUGUGGCCAGCAUGACAAAGCCGCUUCUGGCAAACCAGAGCAGCACAUGGAAACGCCGUUUACCUUCCCGCUGUAGGGGUUCCUAUUUAUCUACUUGCAUUUUGACGUGCUUUCGAACUGCUAGGUUGGCAGGAGCUGGGACUGAGCAACGGGAGCUCACCCCGUCACAGGGAUUCGAACCGCCGACCUUCUGAUCAGCAAGCCCUAGGCUCAGUGGUUUAACCACAGCGCCACCUGAUUACCAUAGUUUCAGGCUGUGAGCUGCCCUGAUAUCUAUGGGUGGAGGGUACUACUACUAUUACUAGCUACUGACCAGCUGCUGGAAUGAAUGGGGUUGGUGCUAAAUGGUCUGGCUUGCUUUACAACCCCUAGGGACCUUGUUGGUGGGGUGGGGGUGGGGCGGAGAAGGAGCCCACCCCAGAAGAAGAAGAAGAAGAAGAAGAAGAAGAAGAAGAAGAAGAAGAAGAAGAAGAAGAAGAAGAAGAAAGUGAAGGGAGGAGGCUUCCCUUCCCUGGGAUAGAGUUGCCCAUAACUUUAAACACAGGGCACGAUUCUAGGGAGAGAGAGAGGAACCAGGGCAGCAGCUGCUGCUACUCAGGCUCGAUGGCAAGAAAGACAGUCACGGGGAUAGGAAUAAACACAAACCAAAUAUCAACCGUGAAAUUCCCUGAAACGAGAAGUAAUAAUAGAGCUUAACUGAAAAUAAUAAUAACCACUUAAACAAAUGAAUAUAAAAAACCACUAGGGCAAAACUAAACGGUGCAAAAAUAACUUGAGUAAUAAUCAAACUCAACAGGAUGCUGGCUACAAACCUUGUUUCACUGUGAUUAACAGUUUCCUCAGAAGGAAACAGAAAGAUACUAGACUCUAAAUGACCAAAGUUCAAAGAUAAAGGAUUAAAAAAACCCAGCGAAAGAAAAGCUUAUGAUAAUUUUAAUUGGAUUUAAAGGAAAGCCAAUAACAUUCCAGUAAUAAAGGGUUAAAUACCCAAAUGUAAAAGCUCUAAUUCUGCAUCCUCAAAAAGGUUUGGAAACCUAAAAUGCAGAAAGCAAGGAUGGAUUCAAAUUAAGCUAUACAGUAUUAGCUUUUAAAAGAAUUCAAAAACUGGACUGUACAAGCUCCUGUGAUCUAAUUGUUACUGGUGUUUGGCAAAGUCUACUGGAAGGCUUUCUCAAUCGCAGGUUUAUAUACUAAUUGGUAACUAAUUCUUAAAGGGACAUGCCAUAAUAUUCAACACAUGGGUGGGGCCGGAAAUUAUUUUUGAGGAAGGAAAAUUAAAUACAAAGAUAUGGCAUAUGAUUAUAGAACAAACUUACAAAAAGGGACUAAAAUCAAUGCAAGCGUUGAGGCCUGAUGGGGCCAAAGAGCCAAAUCUAAAGAUCCAGUACAUUUCUUUCUGUAAUAAUUUCUUUUGCAAGAUCUCCAUGUUUGCCUCAGUAGUGUAGAGCCACUUUAACUAAAAUGUAUUAAUUGGAAAUUGAUUGGCACUUUGAUAAUUGUAUAAUUUGGGAAUUAAUUGUUAUUGUUAUAAUCCGGCUAUUAUUGGGGGUAUAUUGGAAAACUAAUUUUAAAAGUUGUUUUAAAAAAAUAAAUAAGGAUACCUUUUUUCAAGCUGAGGACCACACACGGGUUUAUGAUCAACCGUCCCUAGGCCACAUGUCAAACUGGGUAUGGCUGAGAGGCAAAAGCUUAAAAGUGGCCAUGGUGAAAACUGCAUUUCUCAAGAUGUUUGCUUUUCGAAAUAUUUUUUAUAUCAUUCAGUCUAAUAAAAAAAAUUAAGGGCAAAUUUUGGGAGGGUCAUGGCAAAGAAGGGUUCACACACAAAAAAAGGCAUUGCAGAAGAGAACCUAUAGGAGAAGCCAUUAAAAGAUUUAAAAAAUAAAAAAAUAUAUACAUUCACUUACUUAUUUAAUUAUUUUGGAUGACAAGUUUUGGCUGU